GUCGUCUGAUCUCGCCUUUCCAAGAGAUACAGCUUCAACAUGAGUAUGUCCACGGAAUUGGCCUUUGUUCGUGCGGCGCUCCGAGACAGAAGCAUGAAUGUCAAUGUGCAGCCGUCGUUGUCGUCGCUGUCGUCAGCCAAGACGACGUCAUGGUCAGACCCCAGUGCCGGUGUAGGUACAACAGCGAGAGAAGAAGAAGAAGAAGCAGCAGCAGAAGAAGAAAGUUACAGUGUGAUUACGCCCCGGCAGACGGCGGUGAAGAAGACGGCGGCGAGGAAGACGGCGGCGGAGAAGACUGCGGUGGCGGUGGACGACGAUGCGCCGCGCAUCGAUACUACAGAGAAGCUGCCGCUGAAGUCGAAAAAGACCGACCGAGCCAAGAAGAAGCACGAAAAGAGGCUCAAGAGGACGACGGUGAAGUCCGACACCAAGUCAUUCCUGGAAUUGCCCACCGAGCUUCUGGACGAAGUGCUGAGUUAUCUGGCGCCGAGCGAUGUCAUCCGGCUGCAGCGUCUGACCAAGGGCACGAGGAAAUACAUCCGGGACAACGAGAAAUUCAUCGCUCAGAGCAUCAUGGACCGCCGAUAUCAUGUGCUCGCCCGCGCGUUUCAAUGUCCCGUGCCUUUCGAGCGGCUUGACGCGCGAGCGCAGUGUUCUCUCCUGAGCUCAGAAUGGCAGGACCGAUCGAAACUGCAUCGGAACUCGUACUACCAAAUCGUCAAGCCGCUGGAUCCGAGAAAGGUCUGCACGUGCACGACGUGUAUGCUGGCGUGGAACAAUCUCAACAUUGUGCUCGAUCUCGCAUACUACCAGCACCACCUCAAUGCUCGCAUCGCGAUCCCGAUGGUCCCUCGAGGCGAGAACCCGGCAUGGCACGCCGACCGGCAACGAGAGAAUGCCGCCAUUGUCGAAAGGGCCAUGUACAGUCCCCUCUAUCACGCAGUCAUCCUGCAAACGCAUCUAGCCACCACUGUCGGAACACUGAACAGGCGAUACAGAGAAGUCCGUGUCAACAAGAAGACCAAGACUUCGCACCCCAAAGUGCUAUACCACAUGUCCGAAGAAGACAUCUCUUCUGGUACAGACAUGUUUCUCGAACGCAGUGGACCUCCAUCGACUGUGAUUCCGUAUCAUCGGGACAUGUACUACAACCUCGAGGCAUACGUGCCGAAUAGGGCGUGGAGCAAAGAGAAGCAGAAGUGGCUCUAUGCCAGAGCCCCACAUGAGAACGAUUUGCAGUGGAUUGUCAGCAAAUUUGAGCCGGAUCGACGUGGAAGUGUGUGAUCAGGGAAUCAUUGUGCACUUUGUUAGACGCCGAACAUGUGGCACCUGGCGUUAGGUUUGCCCGGUUCCACCUUGUCUUGCCUCGUUACAGGAGCAUAUGUUCAUCUUUCCGCCGGUGCCCUGUCAUCGACAAAGUAAUAGUUGUCCACGGGCUAUUGAUCCGCUACACCUUGGUCGUGGAUACGAUAACGUGAGGCUUUACCACGCACUUUCAAGAUCUGGCGCUGCUAUGGGCUUCAAGCAUUCCCGUCUGGCAUGCCUGACUGGAAGCUCUGUAUCAGAUGCCGAUCCCCACGUGCUACGUCUCGUUGUCCUUCCAGACUAAAUGGAGCGGUCCCAGGAAACUAUUCUGGCUCUGUUGUGCGCGAGCUCGAUCCGCCCGGCAUUGAUCUGUCAAUAGCACUCCAGAGCACGGACGUGAUGGCAACACGUUUGCGGCUUGUCGUGCUGUCCACUUCAUGCCCCGAGGAAUGCUCAUCGUAGGCGUGAACGCAGGUUCAGCCGAGCAUGAUGUGGAGCACUGGCAAAGGGCAUGCAGCAUGCGCACAAUGGAGCCAUGUGAAACAAUCCAAGACAUAUAGGUGAUUCGUCAGGCACUGCUAGUCCUCCUGGCGUGAGGACAGAUGGUGACGUGAGUCUUCGCUCCGAGGUUCCGACAAAGUCUGACUGUCCCCAUCCCAGACGCUGGACUCUCUUUUUGAUAGCGCGCGCGAGACGCGGUCAAAACGAGUCCACGUCUGCUUUGAUUCGCACCUAUUCAACUAUCCGUGCCCCUCGUGUAGCUUCGUGGGCCGGACCAGGGCCGCCUCUUACAUGUACAUGGCGUCAAGAAUCUCACUGUCAGAAUCUCGUACCUGCAUUUCAACGCAUGUAAUAAUCAUCACAAUGCGUAGGUGGUGCUUUCGGCCUCGCACAUCCUUACACCAGUCAUGCCAGUCAUGCAACUACCUCUCCCGAUUACCAACAAAAUUAUGACAAUUUGGAAGCGCUUGCUAAGGGACUGAAGUGGAUCCGAUAAGUGCAAGGGGAGCCUAAGAUGAGGCUCACAGCCUACUGGACACCACAACAUCUUUAUUUGAUAUCUGACAGGAGAAGUGUACAACAUGGUCAAUAUUGACUACGGACCACUGUACAUCAAUGUGGCCGCCUUUCAACACGUGGUUUCGCAGUCACUGGGGCCCCUAGCGGGGGACGCCAAGAAGCAGAAGGCCGAAGCGGAGGCAUCGCCUGCGCCAAGGAUAUCCUAGAAGUAACUUCAACGUACCUGAUCGUCCAAAGUCUAACUUCCUCCCCGCUAUGGCUUGCAACUUCACCUCUUGGGCGACUCCAAACACCGCGGAAGAUGCAGCCGCGAACGAGAAGAAUCAAUACGCUCACGGAGUACCUCACGACUGUUUCAUCCCCAGGAGGACAGUAUCCGUAUUGGGACCGACUGACUCCGUCGAUAUCUCAAAAGAGAGCUGAUGUAAAAGCAUAAAGCUCGAACCUAGUCCCCACGAAAGCACAGGAAUACGAAAAACCAAUACUUUCACAUCAUGAAUCGCACAGUAUGCAGCGACGUGCGCCAUUGAAUUCACCUGUCUGUGAGGCUCGUCAAGAUGGAAAGCCGUCACAAUGCCAUUGCAGCACAUCACGAUCGACGACAUGGACGUGUAGGGUCUACUGAUCGUUAGCCCGAGACUAACAGUCGUGCACUACGCGCCGCGCGCCAGCAGCCGUGAAGAGAGGCGUUACGCCGUUACCCAUGCUAUAUCAAGGUGUUAUUCUGGACCCCUGGGCCUUGCCUGUCCAGCAUAGGGGAACACUGCCCGCAAAUCACCCAUGACCAUAUGCCAAGAUGGCUUGCCGCUCAAUGUUCUUUUUCCCAUCAUUAUGGGCGGACUCGGGCACCUCUAGGCGCUAGAAUCUACCACCCGGUGCCUGGCCAUGACUCGUGGCCACCUGCACGGCUGCACUUGCUACAGAUUCGCCUUGAAGUUCAGGAGAGUAAUCUCAUUUCUGCAAUGGCCCUCAGGCAUGAUGAGGUAACGCUGAAGCGGGCCACUAGUAUUCCAUGUCCUCACAUUGCAGUAUAUAGUUUGCUCUACAUAUCCCUCUUGAGCCGCCACCAUGUCGGCCAAGACAGUCACUCGUUCUUUGCUAUGUCUAUCCGCUGUAGCUUCAGCGCUCCCAGUGUUCAAUCCCGCUGCGCAGGCUGGGGCGGACGCCAUUAAUGGUUUUCCCCCUACUUCGUUCAAUCAAUUCACCCCUUCUUCCUUUUCACCGGCCACCUCUUUGAAGGAGAGCGGGAGCCCGUUUGUUGUUGAUAAGAGCGAGGCCAACUCGCUUCUUAGUCUGCUUCCUGGACAAAACUCUCCAUUCAACGGCGAAGGCAGCAUAGUGAACAGCGAGUCAACCCAAUCUGAAGAGUCAGGAUUCUUUGGUGGACUGAUCACCAAACGCGAGGAACAAGAAACCGACGAAGGUGCACUCGACUUGAACCUCCUCGAUGAUGACGAUGAUGACGAGGAAUUCCUGUUGGAUGACGAGCAGGACAACGGAUACGGCUCAAUUAUUCCAGGCGCACCGGGCACACCAGUCAACCCAGCUGCUCAGGCUGCCGCGGACGCCAUAUCGGGCAACGCUGCUGGCAUGACUGGGACGUUGGUAAACCCAGCUGCUCAGGCUGCAGCAGACGCUAUCUCGGGCGACUAUGUUGACACUCCCUUGACAUAUGGCCCUGAUGGUGUGCCAGUCUCACCACCUAUGGCACCAACCUACCCCCAAGGAUAUGGAAGUGGUGUCCCUCCUGCUGACCCUGUGAUGCCACCGACGAAGCCAGCAGGCUACGGCAGCGGUAUGCCUCCUGUUGACCCUGUGAUGCCACCAACGAAGCCACAAGGCUACGGCGGUAGCGUGCCCCCUCCCGGACCGCCUCCACAGCCAUCGAUGCCACCGAAGUCGCCAGUCUCCCCGCCUCCUAUGACACCGC